CAUCCGACUUCUGUCGGCCGCUCUGAGUUUACUGUAUUGUCAAAGGCUGCUGCUGUGAAUCGGUAGAGGAGGAGGCGGAGGAAGGGGGGGUCUCAGUAGCCAAAUUUCUCCCCUCACAGUGAACACAUCCGGAGUCCCGACGAUCGUAUUUAAAAAGCCCGUUGUGUCUUUUUAGGAAGCAGAGUUUUAGAUGUAUAUAUUUUAAAAAUUAUUUAUGUCAUUUUUGCUUAGUAUAUGCUUUACGUUUAACACGCUGGGAGGGCAGAAAUGGCGGCCAACAUGUACCGGGUCGGAGAUUACGUCUUUUUUGAAAACUCCUCCAGUAACCCUUACCUGAUCCGCCGGAUAGAAGAACUCAACAAGACCGCCAGUGGGAAUGUGGAGGCCAAGGUGGUUUGUUUCUACAGAAGGAGAGACAUCUCUCACAGCCUCAUCCAGCUUGCAGAUAAACACGCGAAGGAGUUGGAAGAAGAGAAGGAGAACCCAACAGAGACAGAUCUCACAGACAAACAGAAACACCAGCUUCGCCACAGAGAGCUAUUCCUCUCCCGACAAUAUGAGAGUCUCCCAGCGACACACAUCAGGGGGAAGUGCAGUGUGGCAUUAUUGAACGAGACUGAAGCCGUUCUUUCAUACCUUGACAAAGAGGACACUUUCUUCUACUCACUGGUGUACGACCCGACCCAGAAGACCCUGCUGGCUGAUAAAGGGGAGAUCAGGGUGGGGCCGCGCUUUCAGGCAGACGUACCUGAAAUGUUGGUAGAGGUAGAGACAGAUGACAGGGACCAGUCCAAGCUGGAGGAGAAGCUCUGGGAUCCAGAGUGUCCUCUGACCGACAAACAGAUAGACCAGUUCUUAGUGGUGGCGCGGGCUGUUGGGACCUUUGCCCGGGCACUGGACUGCAGCAGCUCAGUUCGACAGCCAAGCUUGCAUAUGAGUGCAGCUGCAGCCUCUCGGGACAUCACACUGUUCCAUGCGAUGGACACGCUGCAUCGCCAUAAUUACGAUCUGUCCAGCGCUUUGAGCGUGCUGGUCCCGGCGGGCGGCCCAGUGCUUUGCAGGGAUGAGAUGGAGGAGUGGAGCGCCUCGGAAGCAGCCAUGUUUGAGGAGGCUUUGGAGAAAUAUGGGAAAGACUUUAACGACAUCCGACAAGACUUUCUGCCGUGGAAGUCUCUGACCAGCAUCAUAGAGUACUACUACAUGUGGAAGACCACGGACAGAUAUGUCCAGCAGAAAAGGCUGAAGGCAGCUGAGGCAGAAAGCAAACUGAAGCAAGUUUAUAUCCCCACAUACAACAAACCCAACCCAAACCAGAUCUCGAUGACCAACGGCAAGAUGGCAACUGUGAACGGCGCGGGCCCCGGGGCCUUUCACGCAGCAGGAGGCGGCAGAGCCUGCGAGAGCUGCUACACCAUGCAGUCGGCCCAGUGGUAUUCGUGGGGCCCUCCCAACAUGCAGUGCCGCCUGUGUGUUUCCUGCUGGAUGUACUGGAAGAAGUACGGCGGUCUGAAGAUGCCAAGCAGAGCUGAGGCCCCAGAGGAGAGGACCUCCCCAACUCCUGCAACCAAUGAGCCUCGCUCCAGGAGUCACGUUCCUCGCCAAUCCAACCACAUGGUACCGAUGAGGAACAGCGGCAGCCCCAAGUCCUCCAUGAAGACCAAGCAGGCUUUCCUGCUGCAGGCCACCCGCCUCACCAAACUGGCCCGGCACAUGUGCCGGGACGUCAUCAGGCUGCGCCGUGCCGCGCGCCGGCCCUUUGUCCCCAUUAACUGUGGGGCCAUAAAGGCAGAGUACAUGUUAAGGGUGUCAGAGGGGCAGGGGACCCGGCUACCCAAAACAAGAGCGGCCCAAAGGAGUACUCUGACCAGUGUUCUGCAGUUCCUAGAGUCUCGUCCCAUGGCUCACGCCCCUCGCUCCCACCGCACCGCAGGCCUGCAGACGCCACCUCCUCGCCGUCUCCUCUCCUCUCUCCCCCACGGCCCACACGGCAUGCUGGGAAAACGCAGCUACCACCACCACAGCACUGCUGACCUGGAGAGGCGCUCAGAAAACCCUGGUUCAACAGGAGGACCUCUCAUGCACAAUGGCCGCAGCAGUAGCGGAAACACCAGAGGAGGAGUAAUGAUUCGCAAGAGACGCCCCAACUGGAUCGAUGCCCCCGAUGACAGCUUCUUCCUCGUCACCCGGGAGACCAGGAGGGCCCGACGGCUGCUUUCCCGCUCCCAGUUGAGGCACGCCUGUCGACAGCCCUGCGAGCAAAUUACCUUGCGCAGGGUCUCCCACGGUCCCCCACAGGGGCUAGUUCUGGCCCCUCCACACCCUCACCCCAGCUUGAGGAUGCGGGGCCCCAUCGUCAUCCAUGACUGAUCGAUCCCCCUUGGACUCUCCUAAAUGCACCUGCAUACCUGUUCUUUAAAUACAUCCUCAGUUCUUGGAAAACUAUAAACAGCAUUAUGACCCGUCACAAUGAUUCAAUGUGCUGUUUGGCAACAGAUGGAUGCGUGAUGAGCCCUGAUGCAAUAGAAACACAAACCUGACUGCAAACUGUCUCCUGUCCUUUAGGAAUUACUUCUUAAAGUGUUUCUACAACUAUAUCUCAAUGAAUUAGAAUAUGUUACAAUAAUUAUCUUCAACAAAGGGGAAGACAUGUUUUAGAGAUGAUUUUUAGUCUUUAUCAGCCUGCGCAUGAACUACAGGUGGAAAUUAGCAUAUUUUCAACAAUCUGGUAUAACAAAUCUUUUCUUCGAGAAAGGUCAGUGAAAUGUCACUCAUUGUCUCACACAAAACAAAAAGGUCAUCGUCAUAUAGAUGCAUCCAGAAAGCAUUCACAGCACUGCACUUUUUCCACAAGUAAAGCCUUAUUCCUGAUAAUAAUGGUGUUAAACGUAUAGAGCAAAGGUGCAUAAUUACGGAAAUGUUAUUUUUGUUAGAUUAUUUUUAAAUUUUGUAAUAAAUUUGCAACAAACUUGAACAGCAUUUUGAAUGAGGCUCUAAGUGGAAAAAGAGCUGCACUAUGAAUACUUUCCUGCUGCAUUUUUUAUGCGGCUUUUUUUUUUUGGCUUAUAUGGCUUAUAUUUACAAACCUUUUUCCUUCCAUUCAACUUUCAGGUAAUAUUCUUGCUUAAAGCACUCUGGAAACAGCUUUUACAUGUUUAUAACUGUGGUAACAAUCUACAUUUUAUGGUUAAAUAUACAUUUUGCAUAAAAAUAAAUACUUUUAAAUACAUGUUAUGUUAUUGUCUACACAAUCUGCUGACGGGGUUUCGAGCAGACAGUCAAAGACAACCAAACCCAAAUCCUCUGCGGCUGACUGUUCAAUGCUAUAUCCAAUCAUAUUAACCGAAAGUUGAGAGAAAGGAAAAGCUGAGGUGACUGAAAGUCAUUGCCAUAAAAGUUAACUGAAGCAAUUUUCGAAUUAUAUCUGUUAUUAAUCUUUAUAAUAUGACAUUUUCAUGGUUUUCCUAAAUUAUUACCCCUUUUCCUAUGAUAUUCUGAUUUAUCGAGAUGCACCUGUGUGCCAUAUCUGAGUGCAUGUGAGCAAGUGACUGAAGGCGUGGUCAUCCUGGUAAGAUAAGGGGAUCCGUUUGCUGUUCCUAUUUUAAAUGGCUGAACAAAAUGACACCGAUCUGUCUGAUCUUUUCUCUUUUUUUAAUGGUGAAUUCUUGUGAAGUUUCAUCAGUUUGUAUAAAGUUAUUUUAGGAGGUAUAUUGGUGGAAAACUAUGGGGUUUGAUAGGGAUUUCAUGGGGUGGGCGGGUGGGGGGGGUUCUCUCAAACUUUUAAAAAAGAAACCAAUGUUCAGAGCUGACAUUAAGGGAAUAAUGACGCUGCAGCAAUCUGAGUUUAAAGCAGUUUUCUAAGAACCGACUGUGUUCAGUUGGGUUCAGCUUUUCAUGCUUAGUCUUGUCUAGAUAUACAGGCGCAGUGUUACAGAAUGGUUGAAAUAAAUCAGAUAAAAGAAAAACACAUUGUUAGGACCAGUCUCUUACAAAAAAACGAUGUAAAAUAAAUUGUAUAUUUCAUUACAAAACUGUACUUUUUUCUCAUCCAAUUUCUGUUGGUAGCUAUCCACAAACAUGGAUACUGAAGCAUCUCGCUACUUUAAAAAAAAAAGGGCAUGGAAGCGUCAUAUUUCCCCUCAAGGCUACAAUUUACAGUGCCUUGCAAAAGUAAUCGUACUCCUCAAACCUUCAGCAAUUGGUCAUUUUUAAAUCAAUGUGUUUGAAAUAAAUUUUGAUUACCUGAUAUAGAUCAACACAACAUAGUAAAUAAAAAGCUGA